AUGGUUUUGUCGAUGAAUAUUAAGUACCGUCGCGCUUACAAAUUGGUGUAUUAUUUAGGAAGUUCCACCAUAGUACUGAUUCUCUUCCUUGUACUUUACAAAACACCGAGGGCAACAAUAUGGCUAGAAAUUACUUUUCCGCCACCGGCUCCUUCAACAGUGACGUCACUUCCGACGACAAGAGCGCAAACACCUUCGAAGAAAGUCUCAAGUCCACAUCGACGCUUUGCCAUAUUUUCAUCUUCCAUUCAUUCACAGCUUCGCUCCUACAUUUUCUAUACUCCUAUUACAGCUGCUGCAUGGCAACGCUUGGGUUACGGAGUGAUUGUGGUAUUCACUGGUGAUUUUACUAAUCGUAGCAAUGCAUCGUUAUCACCUCAACUCGCUUUGUCACGUGCGUUUCUCCAACGAUUAGGCGCUUAUACACUUGAUUUUCAAUGCGAUUCGUCAUAUUCGACAAAAAUGUCACAAAUAGUACGCAUCUUCGGUGGUUUUCUUUCAGAUACAAUCGUUAAUGAUACAGAUUACAUUCUUACAACCGAUAGUGAUAUUAUCCCAAUAGAACCAUCAAAUUACGAAAUAGCUGAUCAUACCGAUGGAUUUAUCUACAAUGCUCUGUGCUGUGGAUCCUUUCAACGUCAUAACAGAACAUACGAUAUGUAUCCAAUGAGCCACAUAUGUCUUCGAAAACGAAUGUGGCGAGAUAUGUUUAUGGAAUCAGACCAACGUAAAGCACUUUUGAAUGGAAGUUGUCCGUCGUUAAAUACAACUCUGCUUUCCGCACAAGCGCCAUUUUCGUUUGAAACCGCCAGCGCUUAUACUCGCUGCGAAUUCGGCAGCUUAUACGAUUCGAGUAUGAACAAAGGCGAUGCAGCAUGGUAUAUGGAUCAAGUGUAUUCUUCCAUGUUAAUCAAUGAUUACUGUCGAAAUCAUUCAACUGUGAACAUAGAUAAACGUCAGAAGAAAUCCAAACGUCUCGAUCCAGGUUUGCCAUCGAUGAUGUGGAACAUGCCGUUUUUCUCAACGUUUGGUGAUGCUCAUUUAAUACAUGAUGAAAUCUUUGAUUCCUAUCGGUUUGCGCCAUUUAGAAAGUUCUUGAAGUUUCUUUUCAAUUCAUCAUUAGCAGGAGAGUUUGAGUUCUAUUAUAAGAAAUUUUUGUCAACUUUGAACGAUCUUCCUCAAGAUAAUUGA